CGCGGAGCUGCGAGGCGGAGCCGGGCGGCCGAGCCGGGAGCCCGCAGCCCAGAGCGCGUCGGUCCAGCCGCCGGGCCGCGCCGCCGCCAAGCAGCCGCGCCGCGCGCCGUGCUCGGGAACAAAGGCUCCUGUCCGCCGCCGCCGCCCGCGCCCUGCGCCGCCGCCAUGAAGCCGGGGCCGCCGCACCGCGCCGGGGCCGCCCACGGGGCCGGCGCCGGGACCGGGGCCGCGGCCGGGCCCGGGGCCCGCGGGCUGCUCCUGCCACCGCUGCUGCUGCUGCUCCUGGCGGGGCGCGCCGCGGGGGCCCAGCGCUGGCGCAGCGAGAACUUUGAGAGGCCCGUGGACCUGGAGGGCUCUGGGGACGAUGACUCCUUUCCUGAUGAUGAACUGGAUGACCUCUACUCAGGGUCGGGCUCGGGCUACUUCGAGCAGGAGUCGGGCAUUGAGACAGCCAUGCGCUUCAGCCCAGAUGUGGCCCUGGCAGUGUCCACCACCCCUGCGGUGCUGCCCACCACGAACAUCCAGCCUGUGGGCACACCAUUUGAAGAGCUCCCCACUGAGCGCCCCACCCCAGAGCCAGCCACCAGCCCCCUGGUGGUGACAGAAGUCCCGGAAGAGCCCAGCCAGAGAGCCACCACCAUCUCCACUACCACGGCUACCACUGCUGGCACAACAACGGGGGCCCCGACUGUGGCCACAGUGCCUGCCACAGUGGCCACCGCCACCCCCAGCACCCCUGCAGCACCCCCUUUUACGGCCACCACUGCUGUUGUAAGGACCACCGGCGUACGGAGGCUUCUGCCUCUUCCACUGACCACGGUAGCCACGGCACGGGCCACUACCCCCGAGGCGCCCUCACCCCCGACCACGGCAGCUGUCUUGGACACUGAGGCCCCAACACCCAGGCUGGUCAGCACAGCUACCUCCCGGCCAAGAGCCCUUCCCAGGCCGGCCACCACCCAGGAGCCUGACAUCCCUGAGAGGAGCACCCUGCCCCUGGGGACCACUGCCCCUGGACCCACAGAGGUGGCUCAGACCCCAACUCCAGAGACCUUCCUGACCACAAUCCGGGAUGAGCCAGAGGUGCCGGUGAGUGGGGGGCCCAGCGGAGACUUUGAGCUGCCAGAAGAAGAGACCACACAACCAGACACAGCCAAUGAGGUGGUAGCUGUGGGAGGGGCUGCGGCCAAGCCAUCAUCUCCACCUGGGACACUGCCCAAGGGUGCCCGCCCGGGCCCUGGCCUCCUGGACAAUGCCAUCGACUCGGGCAGCUCAGCUGCUCAGCUGCCUCAGAAGAGUAUCCUGGAGCGGAAGGAGGUGCUCGUAGCUGUGAUUGUGGGCGGGGUGGUGGGCGCCCUCUUUGCCGCCUUCUUGGUCACACUGCUCAUCUAUCGCAUGAAGAAAAAGGAUGAGGGCAGCUACACGCUGGAGGAACCCAAGCAGGCGAGCGUCACAUACCAGAAGCCUGACAAGCAGGAGGAGUUCUAUGCCUAGUGGAGCCACAGUGCCUCCCUGCAGCCUCAACACCACCCUGCCGUCCAGUCCCCAGCCUGGCCUCACCAGCCCAAGCCAGGGACUGGGCCUGGAACCUGGCCCCAGUUCUUCUCUGCCCUCCCUCCCAAGGUCUGCCCAGGCUGCCGGCCUCACACAGAUCUUCCCCGAGGAAGAGGGGCUACUGCCAUCUGCCCCAGACUGUGCCCUUAUGAGCUCAUCUCUUGUUCCCCUCAUCCCUGCCACCAGUCUGGGGCUUUAGGACCUCAUGUCAGAUGGAUGAGAGGAAGAAAGCUCCUGAUUGGCUGGUGGUGGAAGAAAGGGUGGGGCUUGAGAUAGGCCUGAGCCCCAACUUGGCACCCACAGGGCUCACUGAGAUCUCCUUUUUGGGGCAGAGAGGCACUCAGACUGAUUUCCAGGAUAAACAUUUGGUAAACACAGCCCUUGAAAUCAUCUAGACACUCACUGCAACCUCUUGCUCCUAUCCCAGGGCCUCUCUCUGCCUGGGUGAGAGGGUAUCCCUUGUCACCAGCCUGUUUUGUCCUGGUCUCUCUGGGGUUGUUGAAUCUCUCCUCUUGCCUGCCAAGUACACAUGUACCCCAGACUUCAUUUCUUUCUGCAUCUUCCUCCAAGAAACAGCUUCCUGAGGGUGCUGGGGCAGCCACUGGUGAGGAGGGGCUGCUCUGAUGUCCCUCCUAUGAGGGGACUCUGCACAGACACCAUUGCCCACACUGUCACACAUAUUUUCAUGCAGUCACACACAAGACAAAAGCAUGCAAUGACAAAACCAUACGCAAUCCUGACUGCCCAGCCAAUCAAGACAUAUCACAGAACACACACAUCCUUCCAAGAAUGUUUAUCCUCAUGCAUCACGUACACACCCCCAGACACUGCAAUGCAAGUCACUAGUCAUGGUCACAUGAUAGUGACAGUGUGGCCUCCUCCCACCCCCAGUACACCCACCCUCUGGCACCACACACAUUGUCUCCAGCUUUCAGGCUCACUGGGGAGGGUGGAAUCGAGCCGGAACAAUCAGCCCAUAUUGGGUCCCCCUAAGUUGCCCCGUCAUACUCAGUCCCAUGCCAUGGUGCCCACACCAACCAUGCAGCCACCAACCCCAGCCAGUGUCAGACACAAUUCCAUGUGGAUGCACAGUCUCACUCCACAUGACCUGCUCUCAAUGCUGGAGGGAAACAGGCAGGCCCUUGCCUUUCUUGGAAAAAGUGUGGGGCCACAGCCCUUUCAGGGCAUUGCACACAGGUGGGCCUGGCCUCACUCCUACCUUCUUCCUCCCCACUGCAGUUGGCAAAGGGGGAGGUUUGGGGCCAGACCCCCACUGGCUGGCAGCCUGGGGGCUCCUCUAAGGCUGAGGAAGGAAAUUUGGCCCCAGCUUGUUGGGGGGUCUUGGGUCUCCCAGGACAGAAGGCCCAGGGCAGGGAGGGGGCAUGUGGUUGGGCCCCUUUCUCUCCCUGUGUCCCCUUCCUGCUCUGAGCUAGGGGGCUGACUCUGCCUCCCAGGACACAAGUCUCCAAAGUGCCUGUGAGGGCGGGCCCUCCGCACCCUCUGCCCUCUGCCUGGCCAGGCCAACCUCAGCCCACCUGCCCAGAGGCCCUCCCUGUGGGCACCCCCUCACCUAUUUGGCCAGACAGUUCUGGCUGCAGCUUCAGGGGCCAUGGCUGGAAGCAGCCCCUGCAAAUCCCUCAGGCCCUGAGGUCAGGGUUUGAGGGAUGAGAGCAGGUGAUAGUGGGGGAGGGAUUACUUCCUUUGUUACCUAGCAAGUAGGGCUAUUUCCAUCGGUAUUUUAAAUGUGGGGUCACAGAUCUUUGGGGGAGGGCGUGCUUGGCAGGGGGCCUCUUGGAGCCAAAGGGAUGUGGUGUGAGUUGUGAAUGGCUGGCACUCACGCUCCCACCCCUCACCCACAGCCCAGAUUCAAGUCAGGAAGGCAGGUUUUAUUUCAGGGCCCUUUGCAAGAUGCCCUGGCAGCAGAUUUCUGCAGGAUGAGGGGUAGCAGUGUGUAGGCAGUGAGGGUGAGGUUCCGGGGGCUGUCCCACAGCCUGUCUUUUCCAGGCUGGGCUCCAUCUUCCAGUCCCAAAACCCUCCUUCACAGGGCCCAGAGGCUUGUGAGGAAGCCAGGUGGACCCAGCCUUAGAAGAGUGGGCAUGGGGGGCCCCCAAUAUCUGGAGGGGGUAGGUUGGCCUCAGUCAUUUUUGGAGCAGAAGGGCUGGGUCCUGGGGCCAGAGCCCACAAGGCUCAGCCUCCCUACCCUGCUCCCUGGGGUGCUGCUGUCUUGGAGACCACAGCUCUGGUGAGACGGCCUGGGCAGGCCAAGGCUGAGAAACCAGGGAGGAGAGAGGAGAAAAGGGCUUGGGCCACCAGCCCCAGAAGGCGCCGGACCUUGGGUGGGAGACCCACCAGUUGGUGUAGGUUCUCUGUAGGGCUGGAGCCCAUGGUGGGGGUGGCCCCAACAGACCUGGCUCCUCACAUCCCAGAGGUUGGCUUCUGAUUUGCGGCUUGGGCUCCUGGCACUGGCUUCUCUUCUCUGUGUCCUUAGCAUUUGAGAGAAGAGGCCAGGGGCCUUGUUCAUGGAGCCCUGGACCCAAGGCAGAUGUCCAGGCUUUAUCCUCGUGAGGUUAAAGAGUCUGACCAGCCCAAAUCUGCCCUGGCCAGCCUGACCAGGGCAAGGCAGUACGAGAGUUCAGUGAGGACUAGCUAGGGUUCUCCAAGGUGCAAUGCAGAUGCAGGGCCCUCAUGUGCCCCUACCCCUGCCUGUGAUGGGGUGUUCUGAGGGGCUUUGGCAUUUGCUGGAAGCACAGCGAGUUCCAAAUGAGAGGGAGCUUGUGUGGCUUGAGAGCCUUUGGGGCCUUGGCUGCCAGAGCAUGAGGCAGGCCAGGACGUGGAGAGCCCAGGCCCUGUCUCCAGGGGGCCAGAUGGGGCCUUGCCUGAAAGGCUGGUCCCCUUGAUUGCUGGAGGUGUGUGGGUGGCAACCAGGGCUGGGCAGGGCUUAGGGUGUGUGGACCAAACCCCCCUAGGGUUGGCAAAGCUGCCUGUCAGGCCUCCAGGUGGGGGCCCUUGGACGCAGCGAGCAGACCCUCUGCCUUGCAGGGCAGGAAUGGCUGCCUCCUGGGUUCUCUGGAUUUCUUCUCCCAACAACUACAACCCUGGACUUGCCUCCCCAGGCCUCUUGCCUGUAAAUAGAAGCCCGCAAACUGUACAGAUUUAGAGGCAUCGAGACUGGGCCCCGGGAGUCGCCAUCUGAGAGCCGAUGGCCCCAGCAUCCCCCAGGUGCCUGCCUGGCACCACAGUGACCCUGGCCUCAGCGUGGCACAUGCAUGUAAAUAUUUUUCGUAGGCGGCGUGGCUCCAGAGAGCCCCCUGAAGACAGUGUCCCUCCCUCUGGUGAGUCCUUUCUCCUGUACAGAACUGGCCGGGGGUGGGUGGGGGUCUGCCGUUCCCUCCCCCAGGCCUUCCCUGCCCCUUCUCUGCCCUGUAACCUGUUUAUUAACUGUACCUGUCCUGAGUUCAUGGCCAAAACCUUAAAUAAGGAAAAAGACAGUGGAAAAAAGAGACCAAGGCGCCUGCCCCACUGUGGGUACUCACCUGUUCCAGCCUUGUGAAGGAACUGGUUUUGUUUUUGUUUUUUUUGUUUUUGUUUUUGUUUUGUUUUUUGUUUUUUAACACUUCCCGUGCUGUGCCCAUUUAUAAGAGGAAAUAAAAUUAAGCUGAAAUGUU